UUAGAGGUGGAAAACAAGAAAAAAAAGUAUUCUGAACCAAUGGACUGCAGACACAGUACAGGAGAUGACCAGAGACUGCGGACACAGUACAGGAGAUGACCAGAGACUGCAGACAGUACAGGGGAUGACCAGAGACUGCAGACAUAGUACAGGAGAUGACCAGAGACAGCGGACAGUACAGGAGAUGACCAGAGACUGCGGACACAGUACAGGAGAUGACCAGAGACUGCGGACACAGUACAGGAGAUGACCAGAGACUGCGGACACAGUACAGGAGAUGACCAGAGACUGCGGACACAGUACAGGAGAUGACCAGAGACUGCGGACACAGUACAGGAGAUGACCAGAGACUGCGGACACAGUACAGGAGAUGACCAGAG